UCGACUCCUCACACCCCAAAAUAAGAUCACAUUUUUUUUGCUCUUCCCUUCUCCAAUUCAAGGAGCCGGGGCAGCCAUGGACGCCGCCACGAGCACGGGCAUGGAGGAGCUGUCAUGGUGCGCGCGGUGCGCUGGCCUGGCUUUCCUUUUCUUCUCCGUGUGCGUGGUGGCGCUCGGCGCGGCACUCUUCCUCGCCCGCCGGUGGCCGUGGUGCAGCUGCCACGUCUGCCGCUCCUACCUCACGGGGUCGUGGGCGCGGGACUUCACCAACCUCGGCGACUGGUACGCACAUCUGCUCCGCUGCUCCCCGACCGGCACCGUGGCCGUCCACGUCCUCGGCUGUACCAUCACCGCCAACCCGGCCAACGUCGAGCACAUGCUCCACACGCGCUUCGACAACUUCCCCAAAGGGAAGCCCUUCGCCGCCGUCCUCGGCGACCUCCUCGGCGGCGGCAUCUUCAACGUCGACGGCGACGCCUGGCGCCACCAGCGCAAGAUGGCCAGCCUCGAGCUCGGCAGCGUCGCGGUGCGCUCCUACGCGUACGGCAUCGUUGCCGAGGAAGUGGAGGCGCGCCUCCUGCCACUGCUCGCCGACGCCGCCGACAAUGGCAGGGUGGUCGACCUCCAGGACGUGUUCCGGCGCUUCGCUUUCGACACCAUCUGCAAGAUCUCCUUCGGACUAGACCCGGGCUGCCUCGAGCUCGACAUGCCCAUGUCCAAGCUCGCCGCCGCGUUCGACACCGCCUCGCGGCUAUCCGCCAUGCGCGGCGCGGCGGCGUCGCCCCUGGUGUGGAGGGUAAAGCGGCUGCUGAACGUCGGCUCCGAGAGGGAGCUCAGGAAGUCCAUCCGCCUCGUCGACGAGCUCGCGGCGGCCAUGAUAAGGCAGCGCCGGAAGCUGGGCGUCGCCGGGAGCCACGACCUCCUGUCCCGGUUCAUGGCCUCGGAGGCGCACGGCACCGCCGUCGACGACAAGUACCUCCGCGACAUCGUGGUCAGCUUCCUCCUCGCCGGACGCGACACGGUGUCCUCCGCGCUCACCACCAUCUUCAUGCUGCUCUCCAAGAACCCCGCGGUGGCGGCCGCCAUGCGCGCGGAGGCCGCCGGCGGCGAGAAGACAAGGACAGCGUCGAAGACCACGUACGAGCACCUCAAGUCCCUCCACUACACACACGCGGUGCUGCACGAGAACAUGCGGCUGUUCCCGCCGGUGCAGUUCGACUCCAAGUUCUGCGCCGCCGACGACGUGCUCCCGGACGGCACGUACGUGACUGCCGGCGCGCGCGUGAUGUACCACCCCUACGCCAUGGGGCGCAUGCCCCGCAUUUGGGGCGACGACUGCGAGAAGUUCCGGCCGGAGCGGUGGCUGACGGGUCCUGGCGGGACGUUCAUGCCGGAGAGCCUGUACAGGUACCCGGUGUUCCAGGCUGGGCUCCGCGUGUGCCUCGGCAAGGAGCUCGCCGUGAUGGAGAUGAAGGCGGUGAGCGUUGCCGUGGUGAAACAGUUCGACGUGGAGGUGGUUGGGCAAAAGGGCGCCGUGCCCAGGUUCGCGCCUGGUCUGACGGCGUCCAUCAGCGGCGGGCUCCCGGUGAGGGUCAGGCGCGUCUAGAGACAUGUUGAGUACUGUAGUAGCUAGACUCUGUUUCUGUACUGUACAUAGGGAUAUUAUAAGAGCAGAAAUUAAUGAGAAGGGAAGUUGUUUGUGGCGACAAAAGAAGAGGGGAAAUUUCUUCAUAUCUGUUUCCAGAAAAGAAGAAACAACUGGUGCUUACUGCACGGCAAAUAAAACAUCCUCCAUUAAAACA